GGGAACCGAGUGGACCAGGAGAAAGCUUUGUUGACGUCCUCUACGUUAUAUGUAGGGAAUCUCUCGUACUACACCACAGAGGAACAGAUCCACGAGUUGUUUGGGAAAUGUGGUGACAUCAAGCGAAUCAUCAUGGGGCUGGAUAAGGUGAAGAAAACGCCCUGUGGAUUCUGUUUUGUGGAAUACUACACACGAGAGGAUGCGGAGAAUGCGAUGAGGUACAUCAACGGAACGAGGCUGGACGAUCGGAUCAUUCGUACAGACUGGGACCAUGGCUUUAAGGAGGGACGGCAAUACGGGAGGGGGAAAAGUGGGGGACAGGUAAAUAUUUUAAAUGUAUCGGAACCCAUGAUUGGGUUUGUUACAUACAAAAUAAACAAAGCCAUUUCUAUUUCUAUCAGCGGCAGGCCAUUAAGAUUUUAUGUAUCGAUAUGUUGGAGGUGUGAAAAUUUGAUCAAAUUUAAAACCAACUUUGAUAAAUCUGUCUCAAAUAGACGAAUUGUUCUGGUAUUAAAGCAUUACAAGUCAAGUCGAGAUGAAUACAGAACAGAUUAUGAUGAAGGAAGGGGAGGAUAUGGAAAAAUAGUGGCUUCAAAGAUCAACCAAUCACGUGACCCCAUGUGA